UGUCGCAGACGUGAGGGCUGUUCCCGGGGCCCCAAGCCGGAGCCGCUCGGGCGGGUGGCGAGAAGGGGCAGGGCGCUGUUCCAGCCGACGCUUCCGGUGGGCGGUGCGCCGAGGGCCAGGCAGCCGGGGCGGCCCCUUCCGGCGGUGGUGAGGAUGGCGGCGGAGAACCACUGUGAGUUCCCGGUGCCCCCGGCUGGCGGCCUCGGCGCGGGCGGGCCCUGCCGUCGGUGUAGCUCGGCGCCCCUGCCCGCCGCGGGGCCCGGCAAGUGGGUCAGGCUGAACGUGGGGGGCACCUGCUUCCUGACCACUCGACAGACGCUCUGCAGGGACCCUAAGUCCUUCCUCUUCCGCCUCUGCCAGGCCGACCCCGACCUGGACUCUGACAAGGAUGAAACAGGUGCCUAUUUAAUAGACAGAGACCCAACCUACUUUGGGCCAGUGCUGAACUAUCUCAGACAUGGAAAACUGGUUAUUAACAAGGACCUAGCUGAGGAAGGUGUACUGGAAGAGGCUGAAUUCUACAAUAUCACAUCUCUAAUAAAACUGGUAAAGGACAAAAUAAGAGAAAGAGACAGCAGAAUCUCUCAGGUGCCAGUCAAACAUGUAUACAGAGUGCUGCAGUGUCAGGAAGAGGAACUCACUCAAAUGGUUUCCACAAUGUCCGAUGGCUGGAAAUUUGAACAGCUUAUCAGUGUAGGUUCCCAGUACAGCUGUGGCCGGGCUCAGCAGUCAGAGUUUCUGCUGAUAGUGUCACGGGAAGUGAAAGGGGAAGAGAGAUGCUUCCAGAAAUGCUGCAGUGAGCUGGUCAGUAUUGGUUCUUCCUAUAACUACGGCAAUGAAGAUCAGGCUGAAUUUCUGUGUGUUGUCUCAAAGGAAUUGCAUAACACUCCUUAUGGCACAACCAGUGAACCCAGUGAAAAAGCAAAGAGUGAGGAUGAAGAAACGGAUUACGAUAUGAAUGACUCAGAUUAAGUGUAAAUGUCAUGAUUUUGCAAGAACGAGGUUCCAGGAUGUGAAGACAGUAUUGAACGGUGACAAUUUUUUUCUUUAUUCGAAGAUGCAGUGAAUUGUCACACUGAAGAGGCUUGGCUGCAAAAGAAAAAAAUCUGAUUUAGACAAUUUUCUGUUGAUCUGGGUUCAACCAUAUUUGCCUAUAAGCUGGUGUCAACUUCUGGAAGCAUUGCAAGAUUACAUAAUGGGAAUAGAUGGUGUGGGAAUGUGUGUUAAGUCUUGGUUGUAGUGCAUGGUUGUGCUUUCUUGUUGGCUUAUUGACACUGGUCAUUUGAAAAGAAAUGACCAUGCACUCAUAUUUUCCUUGGAGACAUGUAGCACUUAAUGCCUGGUGCUGGAUGACCCAAUGUUGAUCAGUUUGGAGACCUUUUCCUACUAAUCAUUGUAAACCUUAAAAGGACAAUGUAAUUGGUGCUACACACACAUACACUUAGACACACAUGCACACACACACACACACACACACACACAAAUGUUACAGCCCAGAAACGCAAGUAUUUGGGCAUAUGUUGUUUCAGAAUCAGUGUCAGCCCCAGUUGACUGUAUUAUACUGCACAUUCCUUAUGGUUCUGUGACAUAAUCUAUUAUGUAAUAACAGCCUAGAAGAUCAACUGAAACUAGCAUGUGUAAAAGUUACACAACAGAGAAAAGGUUUCUCUGAAGGGUGUAUAUAUUGACUGGAUGUAUAGCUUAUUUCAAUACCCAAAGGGAAGACUAAAUUCAGAGAAAAUGGCCUUCCUCUGAGUUAUUCUUGAUGUUCUCUCUGUUAAACAGUCUCCUGCAAAAGUUACGCUCCAGUCCUGGUCACAUGCUUGAAAGUGGAAUCAAAAUUCAGUUAAAAUGACCAACUGAACAUUCUGUUUCUUUGGAGGUGUUUGUACUCAUAUGUGUGUUUCUGCUUCUAUAAAAUGCCUAUAAGCAUUGAACUGUGGAUUAGGGUAGAGAUUUUUCUAGAGCUGAAGGUUUUACAGAAAUACAGCUGGCUAGUCCUAGGUCCCUAUCUCUCUAUGACUUGGCUUAAAAUCAACCUUAGUGUGAACAUAAACUCCAUCCAGUUGAAAAACCUGAUUACUUUGGAUAUUCAGGAUCCCUGUGAUCAGCCUUUCUCUUUCUAUACAGUUUCAGCUAUGCAGUUAAGAACAGUGUUUGAACAGAAUGUGGUGCAGCUUUGUUAGUUUGUCCUUGAUAAAGGCUAAUACACAAGACACACACUAUGUUUUGAGCAAAAUCUUUAGCACAUCUUUAAAACACUUUACAAAAUGGACAGUAUAAAACUUGGCUUCAUUGACUCAUGGAACCAGUGGAAGGGAGUUUCAAAAAGCUACAAGAUGGUUUUAAAUUCUAAAGACAUCACAGUUUUCAUUCUUAGUAAUUUCAGAAUUUAUGCAUAUACUGUAUACUGAUUUUCAAACACCCAGGGUCUACUUUAUUUUUAAUUAUUAUUUUAUUUUUUAAAGGACUUCGACAUUGAUAAAAGUUUGGCAAAACAAUUUGUAAGAAACAUUUCUACUAAACAGAUUAAGCAAUGGGCUAAAUGUUUUGUCCGUGUGCCUAAUGCUUGAAAGGAUUUGUAAUGCAUUUUGUGACUUGGAUGUGGUCUGCACGGGAAGCUGCUGGCCUCUCCACAACACAUACAAUUUUUGUCUUUUUUUAAGAAGUUAAAACUGAAUUUAAUUUACUAAAACUGUAAUUGUGUAGGGGGGAAAUGUUUAUACUUUUAUACUUUUUUAGGUACCCAUAUUUUAUCAGCUUAAAUUGAGCACAGAGAUGUCCCCUAAAUAGUGACGGAUUAUCUUGUGUAUCUGAAAAUAAGCAUAACAAUUGUCUGUGUUAACUGCAUAUUAAAACAUUUCCUCUGCUGCAGUAGUCACUGUGUUUUUAAGCAGUAUGACUCCACCAAGAUCUCUGAGCUCCCCGGCUCAUUGCAGCCAAUUGCAGCCAACCAUGUUACUAGUUGUUUUCUUGAUGUGCUCUACAGAGUAAUUCAGCAUUGAUCUAAGUGGAUUUUAAUACCUAAAAUACCAGUUUUACACUGAUCCUUCUGAAUCAGCAUUUCUGUUGCCUCUCUUAUUAAAUCCAAAAAGGACAGACUAUUUAAUAAAGUGAAAUUUUCCUGAAUGACAUCGGCAAAGCAUGAGUAACAAACUGAGCAAACCGAACAAAUUUUGAGUAUGUAAAAGAGUGGUUUUUUCUAAGUAUGGGGGUUUUUCCCCAACAGAAUAUUUUCAGUUUUAAAACCUGCUUCUAUGCUGAGAUUACCUGCAGUUUAGUUUAUAUUGUAUCCCUGCCAUAGCUAAUUUUAGGGAAAUGAGUGUUUAAUAAUUUUUUGCACUUUGUUUCCAAUAUCUCACAAAGAUUUUAGGAAGGAAAGAAAAGAAAGAACUUUAGUUGGCAGGUACCUUGUAAAUUAUUUUAAAUACACUGUCGUUUGAGGCCACCUGAACUAACUACUUUCCUGUUCUUGCUAUUGUCAUUAUUGCUUUAAUUUUUGUGAUCAUGCAGGACUUUCAGAUAGAUGAAAACGCUCUCUUCAGCUUUUUUCAAGGCAUUAAGAAUUUAUCCCUAAAUAAAUUUUGUUUCUUUUUGUUUGACUGUUGCAGUUUCAAAUAGAGUAAUGCAAGGUAAUUGCAUUAGAGUCCAAUCUCCAUGACCAGGCUUGGCAAACAUUGCUUCAUCUGUUAAGCUCUUGCAAGGAGGAAGCAAUGUACCUAUACAGUUAAAACUGGAUUCCUUUGUUCUUUUUCUGCUGUUUAGAGAGUACCUACCUGAGAAUUGCCUGUGACUCUGCAGAGCUGAGGGGUUCACUAUCAGGCUGGAACUGCAAAGCUGUACUGCAGACUGCUUGAACUUAACUGUGGACAUACACAGCUCCUCUGUUGUUUAAUCAGAACAGUAUUCCAGGUUAGAACUUCAGAUCCUGCGCUUGAACAGAUCAUAGCAGAAGGAAUAAAACAGGAAAGGAGAGAGAUGGAAUUCCUUAAAGACAUUUACAUGACAAACUUCUUGCAAAACUUGUUUAAAAACAGAAGUUCAAAUUUGCUGUAGCAAUUUCUUACUUUGAGUUAGGAGACAGCAUAUUAUUUGCCUUAGGUUUUCUCAGAAGCUAUUUUUUCCUUUAUUGGAGAUGGUAUUUUUAUGUUACAUGCUUUUUACUUCUUCAAGCAGCAGGUGAAUCAGAAUUUGUCUGCAAUGAACAAGUAAUUCUGAGGCCUCAAAGACAUGGAUGUCACAUGGUCCAUAAUAACUAUCCAAAUGUAUACUCUGAAUCAGCAGCUCCCAGCCCAAAGGUUACCUGGGAUUUUGUCCUAUUUACUGUGGGAUUUCCAUGGAUUACCGUUAAUUGCAUGUUUUUAAUCCCAAAGUAAUUUAAUUGUGUGUCAAAGAUUUGAUUGAAUUUAGAAGCUUUUUUUGAAUCUUUACUAAAGUUUCCAUCAAUACAAUGGUAUACUCAUAAAAGUUGAAAAAUGUGCUGUUUUUUUCAAACUCAGAUUUCUUGUAUUGAUAAAAGUUCCUUUCAUCCUUCAUUGUAGCAUUAGGAGAAGAUAUUUCUUAAAAAAUGAAGCUCAGUGAAUCCAUCUGACUUUUUUGGUUUGAGAUUUUCUUUAGACACUAGCUGUGUAGCUCCAUUUCUAGCAAUGUGAAUGCACAGUUAUGAUUGAUUAGAAACAAGACUAUUUCCUGCAGAUUCAAAAAUGGAAUCAAUCUCCUCUUUUUCUGAGAGAGGGGUAUUUUUGGGGUUUUUUUCAGGAGAAAAAUGAAAACUGGCAGAUUACAAUAGUUGCAGGCAUGCAACUAAGGGAACAAGUCUGCUGAGUAUGGUGUUAACACUAUCAGAAAAGUGCUUCUCAUAACAGAACGCUAUUCUGUGAAUGUCUGUUGAAGUUGUUGAGAGUUGUCAGUCUCUGUUUAAGCUGUAGAGAGCUCCCACCAGCAAAUUAACACACAUUAGUUACAAAUUUUAUUAAUAUUACAAAAAUGAACUUGGAGUGCAAAAAUGCAAUAGUAUCUGGUUCAGUGGAAUUAAAUAGAAUCCAGAUAAUAAUUACCCAGGUAUACUGGAAUGUAUUCCUUGGGAAAUACUGGGAGAAGAGUAAACUUCUUCUGGGCUUUUUGAGGAAGAUGGAAGUCAAAUGAAAGCCUGAAGUCUGGGGUUUUGUUCCCUUAAGAUGUGAUAAAAUCAGAAAGUGCCAUUCUCCUAUUUUUUAUUCUCUCUCACCUCAUCAAAAGUUUCAAGUUCUUCAAAUUAACUUUUUCAAUCAGCCCUUGAGCUGUAGGUCUUUGAAAAGAGAUGAAAUUUUGUUAUUCCUUUAACAGUGUCUGUUAUCUUAAGAGAGUAAGGUUAAAACUUGAGUUGCCAUUGGAGAAGUGUCUUUUCUAAUACAACAGUUUUGAAAUACUUAAGCCUAAGGAUGAUGCCUGUUACUUUGUUGUAAUUUAGACUGCAGCUGUCUCCAGUUUUGAGGACAAUCUUGGGAUCUUACAUGGGGCUUUGUGUAGAAAUAGUGAUUGUUUAAAUAGUAUGAAUAUUCAGUUUAAAAAAAACCCCGAAAGGCUCUCUGAACUCAGUCAUGCAAGUUUUCCUUUGUUUCACAAAAAUCAGGAGCUGUCUUUAAAGGCCUCUUAAUGCACAGAGGCUUUAAAGGGCUAAAUAGAUCUUGUCCAGUUUGCCUAAAUGACUUUCAGAAGGAGCUCUCCAUUUUCAGAGCAGAAAUGCUAAGGGCUAAAAUGCUUUCCAGGGCUAGUUUGAGGUUCCAGAGACAUACAAUAUCUAAAAAACAACUAGUCUGUUUUCCUUUCAACUCAUGGACUCUGAAAUAAUUUUUACAGAUGUCUGAACCAAUUGCAGAUCUAAGUGUUCCUAUAUGGCUUGGAUUUUCAGUAUCCAGAUUGGAUAAGGGCACACUAGAGAAGGCAGUACACCUACCCUCCACUUCAUUAUUACCUUGGCUGAAAUCUAUCGACUUUUAUGAACAGCACUGGCAAUAGAGAAGCUUUGAGGAAGGUUCUGCCCCAGGAAAUUGUCACAGAAUAUUUCUUUGCAACUUAGUUGACCUUUACUUUAGUGAUGUCUACCAAGGCAUAAACUUCUCAAAAGUUCAGUGAGUAGAUACUGCUGCCAAUAUAGCUUUCUAGAGGCAUCAGAUGGUUCUCUUCAGGAUGUUGUGUCUUAGUAAGUACUAUAAUGAGAGAAACUUUUUUUAAAGGUAUUUUGCUACUUUGGGGGUGAGUGGAAGGGGAAGAGGUUCUGUGACAGUGCUCUCCUUGCCUUAGAAAGCUGAGCCUGAAUUUUGAUGUAAGACCUGUUGUGAUUUUGAGGCCUCAUAAUCUGAAAUGUGUGAAGAGUAAGAGUAAAUGUAUUUAUUAUGUACAUGAUUCUUGCUACUCUUGAAGAUUUUCCAAAAGCUUAUGCACAACUUUACUCACAUUAACUUGGCUCAUGUGUACUUGCUAGAAUGAAGAAAGUGCCAAGGUGCUUGUAAAAGGAAUGUUACCAACCUCUCUACUGGAACUGAAACAAGAUCAUCAAACAGAAGGAGUAUCAAAUGGCAGCUUUUUCCACCUGCUUCUGCCCUUAUCCUUACCUCAACUUAGCUAUGAGAAAUCAACUUCCUAUGCACUCUUUAGGAUCACCUACCCAAUUCAACAAAUGUUCUUUUUUUUUAAGCUUUUCCUCCAAAUCACUGGUCUCAGAAUUAGUUGGGCAUCACCUGUUUGUGCUUAUACCCAAGUGGCCAUACUGGCAACGUGUUAUUUCCUGGAUAGUGGAUUAGCAAUAACACUUUAUUUUGUGCCAGUUCACUAUAUCUGAAGUGUUCUUACUGCAGCAAAAUUUGAGUUAUGAUUUGGUUUUAAUGCAUUUGCAUUAACCAAAACUCAUAGCACAGACACAGACAAGAAACUGAAUUCAGGGAAAUUUCCCUGGAAAAAUAUCUGCUAGGGCUUCCCAAAUAAUUUGAAGAUGGUUACAGUUAACCAUCACUUUCAAAACAAAUGAAAUGUGUAUGGGUAUUUUUUUAACUUCCUUUUCAUAACACUAGUGUAUUGUAAACUGCAUGGAAUAAACCUGGUUUUUCCCUUUUAAA